AUGUCUUCCUUCAAGUAUCUCUUAUUGCACGGUCUGCUUGCAUCUCUUACCACUAGCCAUGGUCUCCAACGUCGAGCAAGUGCGCUUGAUCAAACGCUGACAAACACCAUCCCAAAUUUGUCCGGGCCGAUUCUGUACUUCAAUGGCUCCGGUCCGGUGCCUGGCAUCAAUGUCACCACACCAGAGCCAGCGCCAUUGCCAGCAUUGUCAACGCAGCAAAUCACUAAUUCUGUCCUGCAGGAGCUCUACGCGAUAGGGACCGGUAAGUUGGGUAACAACAUCUGCCAGAUAUGUCAGUCGAGCCUAGAAGUCCUGCACCUCGCUUCUCUCGUGCUCUCGCAGGACAGUAUCACGCAGAUCCUCAUCGACAGCUGCGUGGCCUUCAAUCUAACCGCCUAUACGGACGGUGGGUCUUGUCAGUCCUAUGUUUCUGGCACGGGCGGCCUGGGGCCAUACGCUGCCCAACUACUGCAGAAGAUGAGUCUCGCUACCGGUGAUAUGCAAGCGUUCUGCUACUACGAGUUUUCGCUCUGUCCUGCGCCGCCCGUGGUGGCCAUUAAUGAGAGCGAGUGGUUCACGCCGAAGCCGGCUAGCAAGAUGGUCGCGCCGCCUCCUUCUGGCAGGACAGUUAAUGUACUGCAUUUCAGUGACUGGCACAUGGACCCGCGCUUCGAUGUCGGUUCGGAGGCGAAUUGCACCAAUGGACUGUGCUGCCGUUUCGACUCUGUCAAUUCUGCACUGCAUACCACUACAUCUAACGCUUCUCUGCCCGCCUCUCGCUUUGGCGACUUUCUCUGCGACACACCCCCCGACCUUGGACUCUCCGCUUUCCAGAGUAUGCGGCAGAACGUGAACUUCUCUUCAGUGCCAUUCGCGAUCUUCACCGGCGAUAUAGUAUCGCAUGACCGAACCAACCAAGAGAGCCAGGCGCUCACGUCUUACGAGGAGCAGAUCGCUUACGACACCUUCAAGGCCCAGCUUGGUAACAUACCGGUCUACGCUACUCUGGGGAACCACGACAGCUGGCCAUCGGGCUUCAACGAGCCGAACGGUUUCCGUAACGACUCGCUACCGAAUGAGAUGUCCUGGAACUACCAGCUUGUCUCGGCAGCAUGGCAGAAAGAAGGCUGGUUGGACGAAGUCGCCGCGUACUAUGCUGCUACACAUUAUGGCGCUUACGCCACGACGACCUCGUCUGGACUCAGAAUCAUUUCCAUCAACUCUGAUUUCUGGUAUACUCCCAAUAUCUUCAACUACUACAACUAUACCAACCCCGACAAGAGCGGUAUCCUGCGCUUCCUGGCUGGUGAGCUUGCGAGUGCUGAGCAGGCAGGCCAACGGGUGUGGAUUCUGGGCCAUGUACCAAGCGGUGGAUCCUCGGCCGUGGCCAAUCCUUCUGUGCUUUUCCACAGUAUUGUGGCACGCUAUUCGCCCGCUACUAUUGCGGGAAUACGAUUGUUUUCCGGGCUGACCAACGAUAGCUUCUUCGGGCACACUCACAAAGAUCAAAAGCAGAUCUUCUACGAUCUUCAGCGCGGCAAUGUGUCUGCGAACAGCAGCAGCGUCGUUACCAACUACACAAACAUCAACUACAACGCUCCAAUCAGCGUGGCUUAUAUUGGUCCGUCAAUCGUCCCUCUCACGAACUACAAUGCUGGCUGGUCUGUGUAUCAGGUCGAUGCCGCAACUUUUGAAAUUGUUAACGGCCAGACCUACUUCGCCAACAUCUCGAACAGUCUCACCUGGAAUUCGGAACCGGUAUGGGAGUUUGAGUACGAUAUCCGCACAAUCUACGACCCGACGCAUCAGUGGCCCGCGACGGCUCCACUCAACGCCACGUUCUGGGACAACGUGACACAACGCAUGAUGAGCAACAACACCUUGAUAUCUGAAUAUUUGUACCUGUCGACGAAGCAGAGCGCAAGGACACCGGCUUGUACCGGCAACUGUCUGAGGACCAGUAUCUGUCAGAUACGUUCCUCCAAUAGGGCGGUCUUCGAUACUUGUUGA